CGCAGGGGGCAGCGGCCCGGAGCGGAGCGCUGGGGCCGCGGCUGGAGGAUGGGGGCGGCCGGCGGCGCGGGCUGCUGAGGGGCGCCGAGCCACAGCCUGCCGCCUCCCCCUUUCCUUCCCUCCCUUCCUUCCCCGCCCGGCUCCCCGCUCCCAGCCAGCAUGAACCGCCUCGGCGCCGGCAGCGUGGGCAGCGCCACCGCCGCCUCCGCCGCCGGCCAGUACCGGGUGUGCGGCAAUUGCCGGAAGGUGCCGAGACAGGAAAAAAGAGUCCAAGUCUCCCCACCAUUGACAAGAGGACCAAGUGCCUUUAUACCAGAGAACGAAGUUAUGCAAGCAAAUGGUUUGGAUGAACGUACUAAUCUUCUUGUGGAAGAAUACUCUACAUCUGGUCGCCUGGACAACAUCACGCAGGUCAUGAGUAUCCAUACUCAGUACCUGGAGUCUUUCCUCCGCAGCCAGUUCUAUAUGCUGCGCAUGGAUGGGCCUCUUCCUUUGCCCUAUAGGCACUACAUUGCUAUAAUGGCUGCAGCCAGACAUCAGUGUUCCUACCUAAUAAAUAUGCAUGUUGAUGAGUUUUUGAAGACUGGCGGGAUUGCAGAGUGGUUGAACGGUUUAGAAUACAUUCCCCAAAGACUGAAAAAUCUGAAUGAAAUAAACAAACUCCUUGCACACCGGCCCUGGCUAAUCACGAAAGAGCACAUUCAGAAACUUGUCAAGACUGGGGAAAAUAAUUGGUCUCUUCCUGAACUGGUGCAUGCUGUUGUCCUGUUGGCACAUUAUCAUGCCUUGGCAAGUUUUGUAUUUGGUAGUGGCAUCAAUCCAGAGAGAGAUCCGGAUACAUCUAAUGGAGUCAGACUUAUAGCAGUCAACAACUUCUGUGUCUGUGACCUUGCCAAUGACAACAACAUAGAAAAUGCAUCCCUCACAAGUAGCAACUUUGGGAAUGUCAUGGUGUUUUUGCAGAUUGCAGAUUCUUUAAGUGAGCUGGAGGCCUUAAUGGAAAGGAUGAAGAGGCUACAAGAAGAUAAAGAGGAUGAAGAAGCCUCUCAGGAGGAAAUGGCAACUCGCUUUGAAAAGGAGAAGAAGGAGAGUCUGCUAGUAAUUAGUGGAGCGUUUGAUGAUGAAAUAGUUUCUACAGAUGUCUCCCGCUAUAUUGAAGAUCCUGGGUUUGGGUACAAAGACUUUGCAAGGCGAGGAGAAGACCAUCUGCCAACAUUCAGAGCUCAGGACUAUACUUGGGAAAAUCAUGGCUUUUCCCUUGUAAACAGGCUUUAUUCUGAUAUUGGGCAUCUCCUCGAUGAGAAGUUUCGGAUGGUGUAUAAUCUCACAUAUAACACUAUGGCAACACAUGAAGAUGUUGAUACAACUACGCUAAGAAGAGCUUUAUUUAACUAUGUCCACUGUAUGUAUGGAAUCAGGUAUGAUGACUAUGAUUAUGGAGAAGUUAAUCAGUUACUUGAACGCAGCCUGAAGGUUUACAUAAAGACAGUGACCUGCUACCCAGAGAGAACUACCAAGCGCAUGUACGACAGUUACUGGCGUCAGUUCAAGCACUCGGAGAAGGUUCAUGUCAAUCUACUUCUAAUGGAAGCUCGCAUGCAAGCCGAACUUCUGUAUGCUCUUCGUGCCAUAACUCGUCACUUAACCUGAAGCAUUCGCUGGGCAGAAGUAAAGGAGAUUUUACCGAGUAUGUAAAGACCUUUCAAAAUAGAUACACACCAGAAGCUGUUUGUGAUGUAGCAUCAGGUUAUUCAAGUCUCUAGUGUCAAAGUUUAGCCGUUCUUCUUGACGGCUGUAAUGUGCAAUGACGUGUUUUAUUUUCUUGAUGCUUAACAUUACUAAUGAUAACAAAAGUAACACUGAGGAGCACUACUCUGCGUUGUUUCUGGCUGGAUUUCUGCGCAGUGGUCAGGAUCCUGAAACUUUUUAUCAUAUCCAAUCCUAGCGCUUUGUUCUUUAAGCACUGGAGCGAAGUGCUUAGAGACUUCUUUUUCCAAGCAAUCAUUUUUCAGAUUAGUGGAGUCCAGCAGAAGAUCGGUUCUGCCUGUCCUGAGAACGUACCAUCAUGUCGUGACUCGUGACAGAGACGCGCGGGCUGCGUUGCAUUGAAUUGCCCACUGGAUUCUUCUGUGUCUCCUGGAGACUGCUUGCCAGUCACUGUCUUACUACAGCAAUUGAAGGUGAUGCAAGAUGUGGGUGCAAACAUUGAGCACACUUUAAUGUGAAAUUAAUCGUGAUAAAUCCUACAGCAUGCUACUGAAGUGCAAAAUUCAUCUGCUUUGUCGUGCCCCUUCCCAAGAGAAGAGGCCUCGCGAUUUGCCAUUUCAGCCACACUUACUGUGUUUCAUUCAUGCAUAGUCUUGUUUUCCUGACAGUCACCCUCAGUUGUCCUUACAAUACCCAUGCUCAUCACAUGUUGCAGUUUGUUUAGUUGGCACCUAUAAAGUUAAUACACAGGCUGACCAAAAAUAGGGUUGUGGGUUUUUUUGCACUCUCUUCUUUCUCAAUGUUUUAACUAAGGAAAGUAAAGGAAGGCUAGCAUAUCUGUUCUUUCAUAUUGGGUGUAUAAAAUUUAUUUCCCAUAACUUUUUCAUAGCAUGAAAUUUUAAUAUUCAAAGUUUAAAAAGUUUCUAUGCAUUAGUGUGAGUGAACAAAAGAAAAGUGCAAUAUUUAAAACGAAAGCAAGCUUUUUUCCCUAUCAUGCCACUGCUAAAGUGUCCUUCUUACAUAGCCAUAAAGAAAUUUUAAAACCAAAUUUCUUUAUUGUCUAAGGCCUAGCAGUUUUGUUUUAGCUUUUACGGCUUAAGACAACCUGAUACUGAGAUGCCAAAGCAUCCCCAAAACAAAGCAUUCUUAGACAACCGGUAAUAUUGGGGAAGGGAAGAAAUAAGCUGCCAAAAAUGUCACACUUUUGUGCUGUUUUCUGUUGCUUUUGACUAAUUUUUAAGAGCACAAAAUGUUGAUAUUUAUAGCUUUAUUUUGUAUUGCAUUUAAUGAACCAGUGAAGUGCCUAAAGAGAUGCUUAAACUUACCCGGUAGGAUGCAAGUUGUCACUGCUUCAACUUUCGACUGUUGGUUUGGACUUUUCAUGUUUCUUCGAGGAGGGUGACCUUUAUUUCUGUUGCAUACAUUCAAAUCUAACUGGAUAGAUUUAUUUUUAAUGUUCCAUUGGAUUGUAGAAGAUAAGACAGUAUUCUUUUCCAUUGGUGACUGCAGAAUAGUUUAAAAAAAUACCAUCAGUCCUAUUUCCUUUUCAUUAGACAAAAUCAUGGACCAGUACGCUACUAAAGCUAGUUUUCUCUUUUCUUCCCUUUUCCUGAUACCUUGCUGUGACUUCACAUGUUGGUUUUUUUGCUUUAUCUCUCUGUUCCAGAUUGGAAAGCUAAAUGAUUGUACACUUUUCUGCACUUUCAGACUGCAGACUCUGCAUGUGGAAACCUUUUGAGGAAGAAAUCAGUAAUUUUUUUUUCUUAAUGUAACAUUGGCUAUUUAGAAAACUACCCAACAGACAGCAUCAGACUCUCUUCUAGAGAGAGCAUUGGGUAAAACACCAGAUUUAUUUAUCUUGUAUAGCUAACUGCAAAUAUUUCUCAGAAGUGUUGAGAUGUUCCUAUGUAUGAACUUAGAUUAACUUUCUAAGUUGUUAUGAUCCUUUUUCCUCCCUCUUGUGACUGUAGCGGCCAUACCUAAUGGCUUUUGUACAUAAAACAGUUCUGCUGAGAGAAAGUUUUCAUGCAAUACUUUCGCUUUUUUCAAGUGAUGGGAACUGUACAGUACUACUUUAAAUUCCUUUGCUUUGAAAAGUCAAGUAGUUCUCAAGAAGCACAGCUGAGCUCUGGAAAGGAGGUGAAACUAGAUUUGGGUAACUAAUGUGACUGCUUAGUUUCCCUUCAGAAAUGCAAAGACUCUUAGAGCAGGUUGAGUUUUACAUUUGGAAACAUGAGUGCCUUUACUUCUUUCCUUAUGAUAUAUACUUGCCAGCUCACAUGCCUUCUGAGCAAAGUAAAUGAGCAGAUUUGAAAUAUAGAAACCAUAAAUGGAUUGCUUCAUAAAAAUUGUAGUAAACCAGUGAUUUUUAUUUUUUUAAGGUGCCAUAUCCAUCAUGAAUGGCCUGCGAGACAUUUCACCAUAGGAAAUGUCAUUGUACAACUAGUUUGCUAUUUCUAUUUUUUUUUUUUUUUAGUAUUAAAUUCAAACUUGAAACUUCUGGAAGUGUUUUCCACAUGGCAUUUUUUUUCAAAGUAUUGCAUUUACAGUGUAACAAUUUAUAGUCUAGUUUUUAUACUCAAAUUUAUGAUUUUUAAUAGAUGUUUGUUCAGAAUAGGUGUUUAAAGUCAGACAACUCUACUAUACACUUUAUGCACGCUUUAGGCUCACACUGUGCCAAAGUCUAAUGUGCAAGUGUUCUUGGAUUUUUUGCAUUUUUAAAGCACUCAUGAAUGUGAAUCUUCACACUUCAUUCAUUAAUAUUUUUUUUUAAGAGUACCAUAAUCGUUGGAAGGCAGAUACUCUCCCUCUGUGUUCCUUUCUUGGAAUUGAUAUUUACCAGCACUAAUGUUAGUCCACAAAAUCCCAGCCAUGACCAACAUAAAAAGAAAGUGUACAGUCUCCUGUCUACUGGAGAGAGAGCUCGGUAGGUACAAAUGAAGCAGCUAGCACAGGGAAUGCUGUAAGUAGGCAACGGAGCUUUUGAGCAUGGAGAGCUUCUUACCAUUGCAGAAUCGCUUCACAACGUGCGUUGUGAGUGAGUACCUCCUUGCUGAAACUGCUCCUUUUUUUUUUUUGUAACAAAGAGAAGUGAAAAAGGUGCCGAUUGGAGAAAGCAUUUGCGUUUCGCAGGACACAGUGCGUGCAGCAGAACGUCACAAGGGUGCCGUCAUACAGGAACGGAAACCAUUUUAAACUAGGGUGCAGUUUGUGCAGACAGCUACUAAAGCUAGUGUUGUGGUAUCCUCUGAGAAUUUUGGUGAGCUGUAGAUGGAUUUAUUUUCCUCAAGACUGAACUGAAACAUACAUUCUUUGUCCUAAAGCCUUCGUUAAAAUGAAGAGGAUGUACUUUCAGCUUUAAAGGUAAAGAAUUGCCACUAUCAGCUCUUCCUAGGUAUUAAAAAAAACUUUAAGGACAGGAAAAUCGGUGAUUGUAAACAAUUAUAAAUAUAGGUCUCUAUAAAUUUAAAACAGAACAAAAAAGAAAACAUUUUGGUUCUCUGUUACUUGAGUGACAAAGGUCAAAGCACCAGAUUCUUCAAAAGUAUUUCUGUUUGUAGUGAUGCUGACAGAUGUUCUCAUGGAAUUUGGAAAAAGCAGCUAGUUGCCUAAAUUUCCAUGGGAAUUUAAGCACCUAGGCACAAAAUCCUACCAGGUGCCCGCUUGCAUUUUUGAGUCAGAUUUUUAAAGAUACUUAGUCACCUAAAUUCAGUAGAACAAAAUCAGUUUCCAUAGAGAUUAAAGGAAUAAUGUGCAGCAGAUCUAUGUGAUUGUUAUUGAAAUGGGUUAUUUUGGGGACUUAAUAUAGGCUUAGAGAAAUCACUCCCAAAGCAGUUAAACUGUAAGCUGCUGCUGUUGCAGAACAGGUUCUCGAUGUUUCUCAUGCAUGUGUGUUUUCCAUGAACAUAGGCAUGCAUUUCAGGCUCAUGUUCCAGAGUUUGGACUCUCUUUUAGAAGAGCUGGAUUAUUUAACCUGUACUUCCAGAAAAGAUUUAUUGGCAAUAGCAAGUGGAUAGCUUGUGCCUGGACUAAGAAGUUUUGGCCAGAAAGAAAUACUCCAAAUCUCCUUGAUUUCAAGUGAUGUUCUUUCACUUACUUUCCUUAGAGGAUUGGGUCUUUCUCCCAUAAAUAAGGGGUGAUGUUGCACAAAAUGGAGGGAGAGGGGAGUGGAUUCAUUCUAAAUGAACUUUCCCAGAGCUGAUCUUAAUAUAAAGAAUUGGUUUGCUAUUAGUGAUCAUUCCAAGAGCUGGACAAAAGCAUCAGUUUUCACUGUCUGAAUGUGAGAUUUCUUCUCCAUAAUGUCCCCCAGCACUAUGUUUGAAGAGAUGCAUCCACCAGCUUUUCCACAUUUGGGAACUGUAAAUGACAAUUUUUAUCUCCAAAUGAAAAUGAAUUUAGCGUCUCAUACCUACUGCAUAGGUCGCAGGUGUGGGAGAUGGAGAGAGCACGGUAGUAUGAGGAAACUUCAGGAGCAUCUUGAUCAGUGUUAAUUUAUCCCUUGGAGCACAUUUCCUGGCAUGCGGUUAUGCUGCUGCUCCCCCAACACACAUCGGGUCUCUCUUGCAGACAUUUAAUCCUUCUGCUGCUCACCAGGGGCAGAAAUUGUCAUUUCCCGACCUGCCACCACCACCACCCUGCGUCAAGUGCUUCCUGUCUUCCCAACUCACAACCCUUAGCAGUCAUGCAGGGACAACCUCCUAGUCUUUACCUUGUAAACCCAUGCUAGGUUCCUCUAUUGCCAUUUGCUAUUGAGUUCAGAGGGUCUUUCUCAUGUUCAGAAUCACUUAUUUGCCAUAUUAGGUUAUUUAUGGACAGGAAAAUCCUAAAUCUGGUUCGAAAGGAUGACACUCAGUACUUGCUUACAACAUUUAGGUAACAUUUGCCAGUAGCGUGUCAGAUCCCGUCUCUGGAGUUACAGUAAUAAUCCAGUGGAUCUACUAAGGAGAUGCUUUCUUUGGAGAAACUCCCCAUGCUUGAGCUGUUCAGCCAUGAAGGGUUCUUUGAGGGACAUCUAAUGGGGGAUUUGAGGUCCUGUUGUGCCAGGCAGGCUUCCAGGGCCGUUGGGUCGGCAGCUCCUUGGGUGCCUUGCAGCCGGGCAACUGCAGCCGGCCUCUGGAGCAAGUGAGCCUGGGUUUUUCACUUACCUAUGGGAUAAAUCCAAACGCACGCCAUGGAGCGGCUGCUGGAGGUGUAGUCAGGGUUGGCUGUUCCUGUGGGUACUGAGAGUAUCAUCAGGGCUUGUGGAAAAUACAAAUCUGAAUUCUGCUCGUGUUCCCGGCAGUAGUUAGAGGUGGUAUUGAAGAUGCCAGUUAACUGUGGGGAGCAAGCCGUGCUGUCAGCACCAGAAGGUAGAGACCCCAGGUGCUCCCGAGGGGACACAGCCGGCACGGGAGGAGUUGACAUGUUGGUCAGUUGAAGAAACUUCAACGAUGUGUCCGAGAGGUUCUUGUGUAUGUCUGUGCGUAGGGGAGGGGGUGGGAGAUGCCUCCCCCCGAGGUGUCCAGGGGGCUGCUGUAGGAGAAGAGCCGGGACCCUUUCCUUACUCCACGGAUGGAGCAGGGGAAGGGAACCAUUCACUUCUGCCUGAGAAAACUGUGCUGCGGUUGAAUUACAUUUUCUUGCCCCCAUCAGCCCUCUGAAGGGAGUUUUCAGCCGCAGUGGGUGAAACACCAAGCAUUGUGUCUCCAGGCGAGGGAUCUGGGGGCGCAGCAGCGGGUCCAAACAUGCACUGUCCAAAACCGUUUCUCAUUCCCCACUUCAUGCUCAUGUUGUGCCACCAGACCCAAACCUCUUCCCGCCAGCCUGGCUGCCACGUGCCCGGGUGGCUGCAGGAGCACCCUGCUUGGGGUGGUGCCAGAUGCGGCCGCUUUUAGGGGAAAAAUAAUAAUAAUUAGGCUACAGCCCUUGGACUCUGCAAGGCAACACAGUCAGAAAUCUUUUCACGACUGUGACCAGAACUGGAUAUAAACUGUAGCUUAAAAAAAACAGGAAUUUUGUAAACUUGAAAUCUCUCGGUUUUACCCUUUUCUCCUUUUGCUGGAAAGCCACACAAUGAAUGUAUAUGCUUUAUCUUUCUAUCUGACAUAACUGAAAAAUCAGACUGCCAACUCCUUGUUUUGUAUUAGCCUUUUUCCUUUUUUUUUUUUAAAGAAAAGUUUGUGAGCAAUAUAUGUAGCAUGCUGUGAACGUCUGUUUUGAUCUUUAUAGUUACUCUUUAAUCCAUCAGUAUUAACACCAGUUCUUUUUUGUGUUCCCCUUGGUACUUCGUAUGCAGUGUAAGCAGAAGCUGUGAUCGGCUUUGCAGUCCUGUGCCGUGUUACUGUAACUCCUUGAUUUUUUUAGGAAGCACCUGACUGUGGGCCACCCUGGGGCAGGCAGCGUGCCUGUACACGACUGCCACUUUUCGAUCUCUUGUACUAUGUAUAGUUUUAAGUAGAAUAAGCUUUUUAACAGAAUAUUGAUGCGGUUUAUGAGUCAUGCAGGCUGCAAGUGUCUGGUGUGUGAGAGUCUUUGUAUUUAUAGUUGUUGGGGUUUGGUUUUUUGUUUUGUUGUUGUUUUUUUUUAAUUCAUAAAGUAGCAAACUUGAUAAACAUAGCCACUUUAAACUGCUCUUGCUAAACAGACCCUGCUGUAGAUAAAAUACCACUGUAGAUACAGGGAGGCACGCCGGCAGACCCCUCUCGACCGUGGGUGAGCUGAGCCCCUGUCUGUGAAAAGCACGGUCCGAGCGGCAUGGCUGCCCUGCGUUUGGCCACAUUUGGACCCAGACGCCGGAAGGCUGGGGUCUGGGUGUGUUUCAGCCCCCUGUGCCCAUAGCCUGCCGCUGGCUGACCCCUGUGGUCUGCUUGCUCGUGCACAGGGGGAACCGUGAGCCUUGCCGGUGUGGGAGGGAUGGACGGACCAGCCGCUGGACCGAAAACAUGGGCACAGUAUUUCUGCAGCUGAAAAGCUUCCAAGCCUCUCUUGAGUGCAAAACUUAGCCCUUGAUUUGCCGUCUGCAGAGCCCGGCGUGUCAGGGGUAAGAAGCGGCGUUGGCUCCCUGUUGGUGGCUGUGGGUCUGAGCCCCCUUGCCUGCAGGGCAGGGCAGGGCUGUGCCCACGGGGGUGGUGUUUCUUUGCAUCUCCCACCUCUCACCCUCUGGACAGGGGGUAAAUUGUGCCCAGCCCCAGCCUGGCAGCCUCCUGCCUCCUCCUGCCACGGCUGCGCAGGUGUUUCGGGAUGGAGGAUUAAGGACAAAGCUCUGAUGCUGCUGCUCCCUCCCACCACCGUGAACAGGGAAGCGUGGUACCUCUGUGGGCCCCGCGGUCCCCACAGCGCCCUGCGGGUGGGUGGCACGUCACCUUCCUGCCUCCCGGGCCACCACCUGCCCUGAGCCCUGGAGAUAUGCCACGGGCUCCCUGCUUUCGCAGGAGGUUUGCCUGCAAGGUGAGGCAGCUGCUAGGAGCUCACUGUGGGUUUCCACAGCAGCUUUUAUCAUUUUUUUUUUCUGUUGUUGCUGGUUGGGGCUUUUUUUGUUGGGUUUUGUUUGUUUGUUUGUUUUUUGCAGAGGACAGACUGACCUAGUGGGAUGGAUUAUUUCUGUGUGUCACUUUUUGUAGUUAAGUUACCCGACUUGAAUUUAUCUGAACAGAUGCAGAAGGAACUUUUUUUUUGUGAGUUAAGAGACAAAAACGCAUUUUUAAACAAAAGAAUCAUGUAUUAACAUUUUAACAGCAAUUCAUAAAUCUGCACUUUUUAUGAGGUUUUGAAAAAUCUAUUUAUAGGUACGGAACAAUGGGGUUUGUUUAAAACUGUAUCGCAUUUAUACUUGCUGAAAUUACUUUCAUUGUUAUCAGUAGGAAUUUCAUUGGUUAAAUAAAAUGGAUAAAACCUG